CCCGGUUCCGCUCCUAUGUCUAACUUCGCCUUCCUCCGUCCAUUCCUACAGCUCACAACGAUACCUCCCUCGUCCUCUCCUUGAGGUCGCGAUCUAGGGUUUCUCCGAUCGAUCUCGCGAAGACCGUUUUGUUGAGUUUUUCGUUCUCUACUUGAUCCUGAAAGAAUGAAUUACCUUAUUGGAGCUUUCAAGCCACCGUGUAACAUUGCGAUCACAUUUUCCGAUGGCAAAACACGAAAGCAGGCUUCUAUAAAGAAGGAUAAUGGUAAGACAGCAAUGGUCCCUGUUUUCCAGAGUCUUGAAAACAUAGUUGGGGAGGUGGCCAUAGAACCUAUUCAAGGAAAAAAGGUUGAACACACUGGUGUUAAGAUUGAGCUUCUUGGUCAGAUAGAACUGUAUUUCGACAGAGGCAACUUUUAUGACUUUACCUCCUUAGUGCGUGAAUUAGAUGUUCCUGGUGAAAUCUAUGAAAAGAAAACAUACCCAUUUGAGUUCUCUUCUGUUGAAAUGCCUUAUGAAUCCUAUAAUGGAACAAAUGUGAGACUGAGGUACAUUUUAAAGGUCACAAUCAGUCGAAAUUAUGUCAGCAAUAUCGUGGAAUACCGGGAUUUUUGUGUGCGAAAUUACAGCCCCCAACCGACAAUUAACAACAGCAUUAAGAUGGAAGUUGGAAUUGAAGAUUGUCUACACAUCGAGUUUGAGUACAACAAAAGCAAGUAUCAUCUAAAGGACGUUAUUAUAGGAAAGAUAUACUUCCUUCUGGUAAGAAUUAAAAUAAAAAACAUGGAACUUGAGAUUAGACGCCGUGAGUCCACUGGAUCAGGGCCUAAUACGUAUGUUGAGACUGAGACCCUUGCAAAGUUUGAGUUAAUGGAUGGUGCUCCUGUUCGAGGGGAAUCUAUUCCAAUAAGGUUGUUCUUAAGCCCCUAUGAGUUAACUCCAACAUACCGCAACAUUAAUAACAAAUUUAGCGUCAAGUAUUACCUGAAUCUUGUGCUCGUGGAUGAGGAGGACCGGCGAUACUUCAAGCAGCAAGAAAUUACAAUCUACCGCCUUCAAGAAACUUCUUGAACUUGGUUGCUGAGGGAGUAGUAGUGAGAUGAGUUAAAGAGGUUCUUCAGCCUCGAAAGUUCAGAUUUUUCAAGCUGCUCAUCUUAUUCCAUGGAUUACAAUCAGAGGGCAAUACAAUCAGAGGGAAGCUCAUUGCUGUAUAUAAUAUUAGGCAAGGGAUAAGUGUCUUGUUUUAUAUGUACCAGUUUUUUACUUCCUAAAAUAAUUGCUUUGUGCUGAAACCUUUUAUUUUUAUUUUUAUUUUUUUUCUGUUUUUCAUGUUUCUGGUUUUAGAUCUUCCAUUUGUUUGCUGUGCUUCUUGCUUGACAAAGUAAAGCUUUGAACCAUUGUAUCACUGACUAUUUUCAUUCUGUUUAAAGUCUUUGUAAUGAUGCGUUUGUGUA